AAAAUAUGAUAGCUUCUAGGAACUCUAGAGGUAGAUGAAAGGAACAUAAAACACCCUGAAAAUUGGGACAACUGCCCCUGUUUUUAAAGACGGCCAAAGACUGAUGAGCCAAGAGAGACCUCAGAAUUGGUAAAUCAGCAUUCCCUACAUUCCUCCAUUUGUCUAAAGAAGCAAAACACACACACAAUGCUCCACAAAGCCAGAAUAAAAACAAACUACAGAUUUAAAAAAAAAAAAAACAACUAAAAAUUAAGGACAAGAUUGAAGUUUUUGAGGAGAUACACUAGCAGCCCCACAACCACAACAACCCUAUUAAAUAAUUAACAUUCUGACAAACACCCAUUAAAACACCCAGAUAGAACAAGCAUUCAUUUGUCAAUUUAGCCAUUCAAAGAAAAUAAAAAUUAAAAAAAAAAAUGAACAAGAACAGAGAGAGAGAAAGAGAAAAGAAAGAAAACAGAGAGGGACAGAGUACUAAACUUACAUUCUCCUUUAUCUUUUCCCUCUUUAAGUGCUUUUUUCACUUUGGAUGGAAGACCAAAACUGCAAGAAAAAAGGGUACGACAGCUGCAGAUCUCACACCCCCUACACUUUGCUGAACAUGGGACGGGCUUUGAUCACAUAACAGGUUACAGGGGUCGCUGGUUAUAGAGCUUCGAUUUCAUGUUGGAGGGGGCAUGCUUGAGAUUUGCGGUUAAAAAAAAAAACAACCAAAUACCCAGUAAAAGAAAAAGCCAUUAACACUGAUUUCAUGUCUCUCCCUGCACUUUAUUCUGUUCAAAUUCGAUACUUUGCUGUUUACUAAGAACGAGGAGGCUUAGCUCUGUGUGUGUGAGACAGAGAGAGAAGGUGGAGCCUAUAACCUUCGGUCUUAAAACGCCGUCUCUCUCUCUAAAUACUCUUUAUCUGUCUCUAACAGCCGCAUUGUCUUGUUAGACUUCAAGAAUCUCUCAUCUCACUCUCACGCAUUAAAGCGAUUGUCUCUCUCUCUCUCUCUCUCUCUUGACUCCUUCUCCUCCUUGUGCGCUCUUAUUUUCUGGGCUCUUGCUUGUUUGCAUUAGAAGAGGUCACUCGGAGAAACCCAUUUGUUGUUUGGUCUUUUUGGUUCAGUUUUUGAGCUUGUUUGGGUUGUUUUUAGCAAACCAAGGAAGUCUAUUUCUUGAUCAGUACACCUACAGAGCCUGUAACAGUGAAAAAACAAAAUUGGGGACGGAGAAUCACGUACGAGAUUCUUUGAACUGUAAGUUGUUUUUUGGUGAUUCUAGGCAGAGCCUAGAAGUUUAGGGAUUGCAGAAGAUACGAGAAAAGCUGUAUGUGAAACAAUGAGAGAUGGAAACUCCCAGAAAAGCAAGCUCUCAUGGUCCAAGAAAAUAAUCUGGAAGUUGUUCAAUAUCAAGAGUAAAAAUGAGGAAUUUCAAGCUGAUGGUGUCCAUGGAGGGAGUGAGAGAGAAUGUAGGACUAGCUUCUCAGAGAGGGAACCAAGCAAAAUCAAAAAUAGCAAAACUGAGAAAUUUAGCAGAAAUGGAGAGUCAGGCAGAAGAGGCAGAAUGAAUCUUGACUGCCCAAGGAUCAUAGAGGUGCAGAAUUACAGUAUUUUUGCAGCUACAUGGAAUGUGGCUGGAAGAUCUCCAACAAGUAACUUGAGUCUAGAAGACUGGCUUCAUGCUUCACCUCCCGCAGACAUUUAUGUUCUUGGUUUUCAGGAGAUAGUUCCUUUAAAUGCUGGCAAUAUUCUGGGUGCAGAAGACAAUGGCCCUGCUAAAAAGUGGCUGGCACUAGUUCGAAAGACGUUAAACAGUCUUCCUGGAACUAGUGGAAGCAGUGGAUGUUAUACACCAUCUCCUAUUCCUGAGCCAAUUGCAGAAAUAGAUGCUGAUUUUGAGGGAUCUGCUAGGAGGAGGAAUUCACCUUUCUUCCAUCGUAGAUCAUUCCAAACACCCAGCAGCUGGAGAACAGACACUGACCAUUCGAUUCCCCAACCACGACUUGAUCGCCGAUAUAGUGUUUGUGAUCGAGUUAUAUUUGGUCACAGGCCAAGCGAUUAUGAACAAAGUUAUAGAUGGGGGCAGAGGCCUAGUGAUUAUUCCCGGUCUAGUGAUUAUUCCAGACCUAGUGAUUACUCUAGGCCCAGUGAUUACUCCCGGUGGGGUUCCUCUGAUGAUGAUAAUGUACCUGUAGAUUCACCAAGUACUGUAUUAUACUCGCCGAUGUACCAUGGUGGAUCGGCAUCCACUGAAGAUGGAUAUAGGAUGCCAGGGCAUUCAAGAUACUGCUUGGUCGCAAGUAAGCAAAUGGUUGGAAUAUUUCUCACCAUAUGGGUGAGGAAUGAUCUGAGAGAUCAUGUUAAAAACAUGAAAGUAUCUUGUGUGGGCAGAGGAUUGAUGGGUUACCUUGGAAAUAAGGGAUCUAUUUCUGUCAGCAUGCUUUUGCAUCAAACAAGCUUUUGCUUUGUUUGUAGUCAUUUAACCUCAGGACAGAAGGAGGGUGAUGAGCUAAGAAGAAACUCUGAUGUCAUGGAGAUUCUUAAAAAGACUAGGUUUCCAAAGGUUCAUGGUGCUGGUGAUGAGAAGUCCCCAGAAACAAUCCUUGAGCAUGAUCGAGUUAUUUGGCUUGGGGAUUUGAACUAUCGUAUUGCUCUUUCAUACCGAUCUGCGAAGGCACUUGUCGAAAUGCAAAACUGGAGGGCUUUGUUACAAAAUGACCAGUUAAAGAAUGAGCAAAGACGCGGUCGUGUUUUUGUGGGAUGGAAAGAGGGGAAGAUAUAUUUUCCUCCAACAUACAAGUACUCUAACAAUUCAGACAGAUACACGGGAGAUGAUAUGCAUCCAAAGGAGAAACGCCGCACACCUGCUUGGUGUGAUCGGAUACUGUGGCAUGGGGAAGGGCUCCAGCAAUUAUCGUAUGUCCGUGGGGAAUCAAGAUUCUCAGAUCAUAGACCAGUUUAUGGCAUAUUUUGGGCUGAAGUUGAGUCAAACCAGAACAGCCGGUUGAAGAAAAGCACAAGUUAUUCUAGUUCCAGGAUUGAGGUGGAGGAGCUUCUACCAUAUUCAAACGGAUACACUGAACUGAACUUUUUCUGAAGGAUGCCACAAUUCUCGCCGUUCUUUGGGCGGGAAUCUCUUUGAAGAAAUUUUUUUUUGGAGGGCGAUGGAGACAUCCCAUUGCCCACUAACCAGAAAAAGGUGUAAAUUUGUAAUUUGGAUCAUCAACUAACUUCACACAUAAUCAAAUCUGCUGACAAAGUUUCUAAAAGAUGCAUAAUUUGGUUUCCAAUCCACAAACACCCACCUCUUUGCAGCUCAAAGUUUUUUUCAAGCAUGGAAGUUCUACAUGAUUAUGAGGAAGAGCUGACUGAAUCCGAAGCUGCCAAGUGGGUUGAAGAAGAUUAAUUCUUUCAUGAUUCUUUAUUAGAUUAGGUUUAACAUUUUUUUUUUAUGAAUUCAAUGAUUUAAAGGUUCUUGCUUUCGGUUUUCAAUGCAAAAAAGGAAGUAAAGUCAUGUUCAGAUAUACAUUACUGAAGAGUGAUAGAAGAAAGGAGAUAUAAUAUUGCAGUAUAUGAUGAUGGAAACCAGAAUGCACUCUCUCU